GAUCUCAGCUGGUUCCCGGAGCCCCAGGCCCCUCCCCGGAGGUGGAGGACGACCCUGGAGAGGCCUUUGAGUUUGACGACAGUGAUGAUGAAGAGGACACCAGCACAGGCGUGGGUGUCCCUAGCCUUGCUCCCGAGAGGGACACAGAUCCCCCACUGAUCGACUUUGACUCUGUUCCCAUCACUGACCCAGACCCGGUGGCUGCACUGCCCCAGACAGAGGUGCCAGCCGUGGUAAGCAAUGGGGAUGCUGUGUACGCAACUUUCUCUGGGGUCCGGCGCUCCAGCUGGAAGCGGAAGAGCUCCCGUCGCAUCGACCGGUUCACUUUCCCUGCCCUGGAGGAAGAUGUGAUUUAUGACGACGUCCCCUGCGAGAGCCUGGAUGCCCAUCAGCCUGGGGCAGAGAGGAACCUGCUGUACAAAGAUGUGCACCAGGACGGGGUGCCUCGGGAGGCGGAGGACCUAGGCUGGAGCUCCAGCGAAUUCGAGAGCUACAGUGAGGACUCCGGGGAGGAGGCCAAGCCGGAGGUGGAGCCUGCCAAGCACCGAGUGUCCUUCCAGCCCAAGCUUUCUCCAGACCUGACUAGGCUAAAGGAGAGAUACGCCAGGACUAAGAGAGACAUCUUGGCUUUAAGAGUUGGGGGGAGAGACAUGCAGGAGCUGAAGCACAAGUACGAUUGUAAGAUGACCCAGCUCAUGAAGGCCGCCAAGAGCGGGACCAAGGAUGGGCUAGAGAAGACAAGGAUGGCUGUCAUGCGCAAAGUCUCCUUUCUGCACAGAAAAGAUGUCCUCGGUGACUCAGAGGAAGAGGACAUGGGGCUCCUGGAGGUCAGUGUCACCGACAUUAAGCCUCCAGCCCCAGAACUGGGCCCCAUGCCAGACGGCCUGAGCCCUCAGCAGGUGGUCCGGAGGCACAUCCUGGGCUCCAUUGUGCAGAGCGAGGGCAGCUACGUGGAGUCUCUGAAGCGAAUACUCCAGGAUUACCGCAACCCCCUGGUAGAGAUGGAACCCAAAGUGCUGAGCGCCCGCAAGUGCCAGGUGGUGUUCUUCCGCGUGAAAGAGAUCCUGCACUGCCACUCCAUGUUCCAGAUUGCCCUGUCUUCCCGUGUGGCUGAAUGGGACUCCACUGAGAAGAUCGGAGACCUCUUCGUGGCCUCGUUCUCCAAGUCCAUGGUGCUCGACGUGUACAGCGACUAUGUGAACAACUUCACCAACGCCAUGUCCAUCAUCAAGAAGGCCUGUCUCACCAAGCCGGCGUUCCUCGAGUUCCUCAAGCGGCGGCAGGGGUGCAGCCCAGACCGCGUUACCCUCUAUGGGCUGAUGGUGAAGCCCAUCCAGAGGUUCCCGCAGUUCAUCCUCCUGCUUCAGGACAUGUUGAAGAACACCCCCAGGGGCCACCCCGACAGGCUCUCGCUGCAGCUGGCCCUCACGGAGCUGGAAACACUGGCCGAGAAGCUGAAUGAGCAGAAGCGGCUGGCCGACCAGGUGGCUGAGAUCCAGCAGCUGACCAAGAGCGUCAGUGACCGCAGCAGCCUCAAUAAGCUUUUGACCUCUGGCCAGCGGCAGCUGCUCCUGUGUGAGACGCUGACGGAGACCGUGUAUGGGGACCGUGGGCAGCUGAUCAAGUCCAAGGAGCGCAGGGUCUUCCUGCUCAAUGACAUACUGGUCUGUGCCAACAUCAACUUCAAGACUGCCAACCACAGGGGCCAGCUGGAGAUCAGCAGUCUGGUGCCCCUGGGGCCCAAGUACGUGGUGAAGUGGAACACGGCACUGCCCCAGGUGCAGGUGGUGGAGGUGGGCCAGGACGGUGGCGCCUAUGACAAGGACAACGUGCUCAUCCAGCAUGCUGGAGCCAAGAAGGCCUCGGCCACGGGGCAGGCCCAGAAUAAGGUGUACCUCGGCCCCCCACGCCUCUUCCAGGAGCUGCAGGACCUGCAGAAGGACCUGGCCGUAGUAGAGCAGAUAACGCUCCUCAUCAGCACGCUGCAUGGCACCUACCAGAACCUGAACAUGACCGUGGCUCAAGACUGGUGCCUGGCCCUGCAGAGGCUGAUGCGAGUGAAGGAGGAGGAGAUCCACUCCGCCAACAAAUGCCGCCUCAGGCUGCUGCUUCCUGGGAAACCCGACAAGUCCGGCCGCCCCAUCAGCUUCAUGGUGGUCUUCAUCACCCCCAACCCCCUGAGCAAGAUUUCCUGGGUCAACAGGUUGCAUUUGGCCAAAAUCGGACUCCGGGAGGAGAACCAGCCGGGCUGGCUGUGUCUGGAUGAGGACAAGAAGAGCAAAGCCCCAUUCUGGUGCCCGAUCCUUGCCUGCUGCAUCCCUGCCUUCUCCUCCCGGGCCCUCAGCCUGCAGCUUGGGGCCCUGGUCCACAGUCCUGUCAACUGUCCCCUGCUGGGCUUCUCAGCCGUCAGCACCUCCCUUCCACAGGGCUACCUCUGGGUCGGGGGCGGGCAGGAGGGCGCAGGGGGCCAGGUGGAAAUCUUCUCUCUGAACCGGCCCUCGCCCCGCACUGUCAAGUCCUUCCCGCUGGCGGCCCCCGUGCUCUGCAUGGAGUACAUUCCAGAACCAGAGGAGGAGGCGGAGAGUGGAGAAGGGAGCCGGCCAGCCGCUGACCCCUCGACUACUGUGCAUCCCACCAUCUGCCUUGGCCUCCAGGAUGGCAGCAUCCUGCUCUACGGCAGUGUGGACACCGGCACCCAGUGCCUGGCCACCUGCAGAAGCCCAGGCCUGCAGCCUGUGCUCUGCCUGCGGCACAGCCCCUUCCAUCUGUGUGCUGGCCUGCAGGACGGGACCCUCGCCGCCUACCCUCGGACCAGUGGAGGAGUCCUGUGGGACCUGGAGAGCCCUCCUAUGUGUGUGACUGUGGGGCCGGGUCCUGUCCGCACUCUGCUGAGCCUGGAAGAUGCCGUGUGGGCCAGUUGUGGGCCCCUUGUCACCGUCCUGGACGCCACCACCUUGCAGACUCAG